AUGUUGAUUCGUUAUGGCGGACAAUUGUGUCUCAUGGACACCACAUACAAAACAACAAAGUACGCAAUACCGCUUUUCUUUGUGUGCGUUCAUUCAAACGUUGGCUACAAAGUUGUGGCUGAAUUUAUGUGCCAGACAGAGACCGAAGAAGCCAUAGAAGAGGCUCUGGCUAUUAUAAAAGGAUGGAAUCCAGUAUGGAACCCAAAAUAUUUUAUGGUGGAUUACUCAUUAGCAGAAAUAGGCGCGAUAGAAAAAAGUUUUCCCGAUGUACAGGUUUAUGUUUGCGACUUUCACAGGUUGCAAGCGCUAAAACGGUGGGCUUCAGCAAGCAAGAAUGGAUUGUCAUAUGAACAGCAACAACACUUCCUUCUGCAAAUGAAGAUUGCUAAUGUCAGUACCAAACAGGAGUACGACAAGGCAGUAAAAGAUUUUCGAGAGUCCAAAGUGUAUAAAGAAUGCAGCAAGAUGAGAGAAUAUGUUGACCGUACGUGGUUUUCUUGCGCUGUCAGAUGGGCACACGCUUUUCGAAAACAGCAAGUCACCAACAUUGUUAAUACUAACAAUGGCGUUGAGGCUCAAAACAGAGUCUUUAAAUACGAAUACUUACCCCAAAGUAUUGACAAAUCUGUGUAUGGUAUUGCGGUGAUGUUGGUUGAAUCUUUCAUUCCCGAUGUUCUUCAGCACUAUUUGGAUGCAAACCUGCGACUGAGCAGCGCCUACUGCAAGUACAACCCAUCAAUCCCAGAAUACUUGCACAACAGACCUCCACACUUUUUGAAAUGUUGCCUUAAAAAUCGAUACGCUUCAGCCAUUUUCAAACAGGACGACAUAAAUCCGGUUAAUUUAAAGAAGGGCACGUUCAAUGUCAAGAGCGAGAGCAAUGUUGGAAAGAAAUAUUUUACAGACUUCCGAGAACCAAGUUGUACCUGCAACAUAUGGCACACUACCCAUUUCCCUUGCAAACAUUUUUUCGCAGUUUUUUCUUUCUAUGACGAGUGGGAUUUCGAAAGUCUUCCAGAACACUACCGAAAUAGCGUUUUCUUCACUCUCGACAAUGAACCUCUUGGAUUGCCACAAGAUACUACGCCAGAAGAACUUGAGGAAGCCAAUGCGUCAUCAUGGAGCACCAUCAAAAGAGACGUUGUUUUGCAAGAAUCGUUGUCUUCUGAUAACAAAAAAUAUAUCCACGACAUACCCCACGAAGAAACAGUUAAGUUUGAAACUACUUCAAACAAAAGUUCCAAAAGGCUCAGAAAGAUCUUGCAAGAACAACUGGGCCAAAUACACAGUAUGACCUUCCUGAUCGACAACGAGACCACUCUACAAGAAGCAGUGCAAAAAGCUGAAAGCUUGAAACAGUUUUUUGAACAAAACUUUCCCACAGAAAAUGGUUUGCCUCUUCGAUUGAGUCCUGUGAAAAAAAAAUUAAAGGUUACCGAGACAAAAUACCAUCAAAUCUUUCAUAAGGCCCUACCUCCCAGACGACGCAAGACAAAAAAAUCUACACCAUUUACAAUAGAUCUUACUAAUGUGGGCGAUGAAAUGGCACAAGUGUCCACUAAUGUGCAAAACCAGGAGAAUGAAAAAAGAAAUUCAAGCAGUGUUGACGUCUCAGCUGAGCACAAGGCAAAUCCACUGGAUCCCUUACUGAAUGCCUCUCUAAAUGGAAUUAAGUUAGGUGAUCAAAUGCUAGAAUUUGGACCAAACAAAGUGACUCUUCAGGAUUUAUGGACCCUCAUUCCACCAAAUGAGAUGACUAAAUAUGCUGCCACACUAAUUGAAAAUAAAACUGUGGCACCUGGAUGGCUUAGUGAUACAGUUAUCAACGCUUUCUUAUGGAAACUUUCAUGUGAAUAUCCUGGUGUCCUACCAGCAGAAUCAUAUGUAUGUCAGUUGGUGCAACGAGGAUCUAGUACACGUCGACUGUGGGCAGAUCAAAAUUUCAUGGCAAUUGACACAAUAAUAUUUCCUCUCAAUAUGUCUGGGAGCCAUUGGACACUUUUGGUAAUCGACAAACAAAAAGAGAUGGUAUACUACCUUGAUCCUAUGGAAGGUCAUGUAGAAGAAGUUAUCAGUGAAGCAACAAGAGUUGAACUUUCACAGUUUAUCAAAAGCAUUUGUGCCCUUGUUGAUCUAAAAAGUGGGUGGAACACAUCAACUUGGUCUAUUAUUCAGCCUUCACACUAUGUGCAAGAGGAUGGGUUUAACUGUGGAAUAAUUAUUUGCCUGUUUGCUGAAUAUCUGAGUCAAAAUCUUGACAUAAAUUCAAAGUUUGACAUGAGAAAAGUGAGGCAGCACGUGACUUCAAUGAUUAUGGGUUCUUGCUAUGAUGACAUUUAUGAGAGAAAUAGUUUGGUAUGCAAGAUUUGCAAGAUAGAUGAUGGUGAAGACUGGUUGGGAUGUGAUUCAUGUGGGCAGUACUUUCAUGCAAGUUGUUUGAAUGUUGACUUUGGACAAACUCUGACAGAGUACUUUGCUUGCCCAUAAUCAGACAUGACAAUCGUAUAAUAAUACAAAACAUAAAUUGUAAGAUUUAAAAGUGCCGAAUAAAAAAGACUUACCGAUUAGAA